AUGAAACCAAUCGUCACUCUUCUCUACCUCUCCUUGUUUCUCCACAUCCUCACUCUCUUCGUCGCCGGUCAGUCGCCACCAUACACUCCGGUCGACAAUAUCACCCUGGCCUGCGGCAAUUCCGGCCAACCGAGCUCCAAUGACAACAGAGAGUGGAGUGGAGAUAUCGACUCAAAAUUCACCCCAAUUGGUAACGCAUCCGAAUCCAUAAAUGCACCGCCGUCGUCCACCGCUAGCCAAGUCCCUUACACCAAAGCUCGGCUCUCUCGCUCCAAAUUCACUUACACAAUUCCCCUCUCUCCCGGCCAAAAGUUCAUCCGCCUGCAUUUCAAUCCAGAUACAUACAGCCCGGACUUCCAACGCUCCAACUCCCUCUUCUCCGUCACCGCCGCCAGCUUCACUCUCCUCAAAGACUUCAACGCCUCCGUCACCGCCGACGCUUCCGGCGGGUCCCUGCUGGUCAGAGAAUUCUGUGUAAACAUCGAGACAGGACAGAGACUCGAGAUCACCUUCACACCAAGCAAAGAUGCGUACGCUUUCAUCAACGGAAUCGAAAUCAUCUCCAUGCCCACCGGUCUUUACUAUACUUCUUCAGCUAAUUUCAUCGAGACCAUCGCAAGGUCAUAUCCGAUCGAAAACAACACAGCUCUGGAGAUGGUGUACCGAAUCAACGUCGGCGGAGCCCCCAUCUCGCCGUAUGCAGACACCGGAAUGUACCGGACUUGGGAAGCUGCUGACUAUAUUUAUUUGGAUGAUACAAGUAAAGAAUUCAGCGUGCUACCACAGAACAAUACAAUCGAGCUCAACUUCGUCGCAGUUCCAGAGUACUCUGCUCCAGAAGAAGUUUGCAAAACAGGUCGGUCAAUGGGGAUGAACAAAACCAUCAACAAGAGCUAUAACCUCACAUGGGUAUUUCCCUUAGAUCCCAAGUUUUAUUACCUGGUGAGACUCCAUUUCUGUGAGUUUGAAUCUGAUAUUACCAAGUAUGGCGAUCGGUCGUUUCAAAUCUACAUGGCCAAUCAAACCGCAGAAGAACUUGCAGAUGUCAUCGGAUGGAGUGGAGCUAAUGGGAAUCCAGUUUACAGAGACUACGUUGUGGGCAUGUUCAUGUCUCCGGUUGGAAGCCAGAAGAAAGUUAACCUCUUUCUAGAACUUGCAGCGCUACAGAGAGAUUCGUAUACUACUUACAAUGAUGCCAUCUUGAACGGGCUGGAAAUCUUCAAGCUCAGUGACUCAAAUGGGAAUCUUGCCGGACCCAACCCCGAUUCACCUCCACUAGCACAGCAAAUCCCCAAAAGUUCAACCACAAGUAAAUCACAUGCUUCUUUGCUCCCCAUCAUAGUUGGUGUACUCUCCGCAGUCCUACUUCUUCUCUCUGUUCUUUGA